GAGUCAUUCUGGGCUGCCGAGAUUGGUUAACCUCAUGGAUCCAACCACUGUUGAGAUAGUUUUGUCCUUCGUUUCUUCUGCAGCUUGAUUGGUCAUCUUCGGCGAGGAGAAAUAGAGGAUAGCCCAUUUCCUUCAAAAACAACUAGCCAUCUACCUAUGGUUAUAUUCUGAAUUUAGUAACACAACUAUUGAAAGUUUUUCCCAAGUUAUCUUUCAUCAACGCAAAAAUGACAUCCAGUUCUACUAUCUAUUCUCAGGGGUUCAAUUUUAGUGACUUUUUGCAGAAAGGCGUCGAUCCACGCACAGGCCAAUACACGUGUAUGGUUGAUCUAUACGAAGCACCAAUUCAAGCCAGAAAUUGUCCUCCGUUCAAGCUGUCCUUAUCCUUUCAUCCCUUGAAUACAAAGGAUUUCGGAUUAGGACAAGGAUGGACAUUCAACCUCCCUUCUUAUGAACACCGCCAGUCGAACCGAGUAGUCAGCCUCUCUACAGGCGAGUCUUACCGAGUUACCGAAACAUCUAGCGCCAUCUUCACCACCGACCAAAAGCUCAAAAGCUCGACUUUGAAGAAACUGGAUGCCAAUACUUACCAGAUUACAUACAAAUCGGGCCAGAUCGAGACUUUAUCCAAUUUCAACAAUAGAUACAAUAAGACUGUUCUCGUUGACUUAUAUGCAUCCACUGGACGUUCCCUAUCAUUCACUUGGUCUGCGUUUGGUGAGAUUGCUCGCCUCGACAAGAUUCAGCAGGGCUCAGAAAUCCUUCUUGAAGUCAAGUAUGGGGAAUCUCAAGUGGAGAUAACAAAAGCUCCGAAUACACCCGAAGCAACUACAUUCACUCUCAUUCAAAGAAGCAAUCAGCUGGUAGAGAUCCGUUUUCCUUGGGAUGGAGCGUCCUGGAAGUUCAACUAUCAGAAGUUUGGCCAAAUGGUUCAUCUGAACAAUGUAACUAGCCCGACUGGCCUCGUGGAGGAGAUUACCUACAAAGAACAAGGACAUCGAUUGCCAACAGGGGCCCCUUACCAGGCAAUUCCUUAUGCCAUAUCUCACACUUCACGUCCUGGAAACUCACAGCCUCCAAUCACAACCUCCUACACAUAUUCUGAUUACAACUUUCUUGCAUAUGGUAGUAGCCAAAAUUGGAAAGACGGAGAAGACAAUCUGUUUCUUACUCGCGAUGAAUACCAAUACACGUCAAAUGUUCAAAUUCAAGGCGGGAUGGUAACGAAGAAUACUUACAAUAAGUUCCAUCUUCUUAUCAGUUCUGAACAACAGAAAGGUGUCAAGCAGGUCACUCAGAAGAUCACAUAUCAUGCGAUCCCAUUCGCAUCAUUUGAAAACCAACCUGCACAAUAUCAAUUGCCCAAAACUGUCGAGACUAUCUACAAGGAUACAGCUAGUCAGGCAACCCGCACGGAAACUAGCUAUCAUGUCUUUGACGAGUGGGGAAAUCCUACACAAGACAUCAGACCAACUGGUAUCCGAAUCGAUCGCAACUACUACCCACCAGCUGGUGAUGGAAUAUAUUGCCCACGUGAUCCUCAUGACUUCCAAAGAUAUCUGAAACGCGAGACAGUGACACCAGCUAAUGCUGCGGGGCCAACUCGUAGUGAGCAUUAUACAUAUGCCCAAAUGCCCACAGCGACUGGUGCAAAGGCGAGCUACCUUGUUGUUCUCCAACAGAAGCAAAAUAUGGAAGGAACCCAGCUUCUUACCAAGUUCGAUUACACUUAUGUGAACAGUGCUGCAGCAAGAGAUCACACCCGUCUUCAGAAACAGGUGACGCGGCUCUAUGAUCAAUAUCCCACAACACAGAGCUGGACCUACACAUACCCCAGUAGCAGCCAAUUUGUACAGACGAUGGCCACGACGGCUUUCGAUAAUUCUACAGUAGUGGAGGAGACGGGCUAUUCAUUGUGGUCAGGGCUUACAGCAACUCAUAAGAAUCAAACUGGCAUUUCCACCCACUUUUACUACGACAGCCUCGGUCGCUCAACCAAGAUAGUUCACUCUCAAGGAACAUCCUAUGAAUCCGUUGAGCGCCAGGAGUACAUUUCCCUUGGAGUUAACAAUGGAUCCAGCAGAACAGUGACUGAUGCAAAGGGAGUACAAACCCGCUACAUCACAGAUGGGUUGGAAAGGCUUUGGCGGGCUGAGAAACAGGAUGACCAAGUGUUUCGGAUGAUCCAAGAAAACACCUAUAACGCUCAGGAUCAACUCAUUACAACAUCCGACAUUGAUUGGCUGAGAACAGACAAGAUAGAGUCGCCAUCUGAGCAAAAGAGCAUUAAGUCAAUGGAAUAUGACGAUUGGGGCAAGGUCUAUAGGGUGUCUGAAAAUUCUGGCUUGCGUACAUUGACCAACACAGAUCCAAUCACCAACACAAAAGUUGAAGGUGUUGAAGGCGAGGGUAUGACUAAGACCAAGUUGAAUCUUUUCGGCGCGCCCACACAGAUAGCACUCUAUCGCAAGGACAAUACCCUCUACAGCAAAAUGGACUACACCUAUGAUGGCCUGAAUCGUCUUCUCAAGCAGCAGGAUAAUCUUGGUCGUGUAACUGAAUACAAACCCGAUUCCUUUGACCGGGUAGUUGAGACCAUCUGGCCUGGUGCUCGCGUGGUCAAGACACAAUAUGCAAGUCAAACCACUGCCUUAUUGCCGACUUCAGUGAAGCUUAAUGACCGAAAAGUGGGCGAGCAAUCAUUCGAUGGAUUAGGCCGUGUUACGAGGAAAGUCAUUGGUACACGAACUACUAGCCAAAGUUAUUCAGGAAUUUCACCUGAUCCAGCACAAAUAACCAACGCGAAGGGAGAGCAACACAACUUGACCUACCAGUUAGCUUUGGAUGGUGCGCUUACACAGAUAUCCAGUAGCAAUCAUACAGAUGCCUAUAAGUAUGACGCUAAAACUGCUGCUCCGUUGCAGUUUAAAGGUGCUUAUUCGACUCACGAUCUACAAUAUCUGAAUUCUGGGCUACUUUCUCGGGAAACCAUAUCUAUUACUGGAGGCCAGACAUUCUCUGCUCUGUAUGCUUAUUCAAUGGCCGGAAAGUUGCAAAAGUAUACCGAUGCGAACGGGAAAUUGCAAGAGACCCGUUAUGACGCGUUUGGAAGACCCCAACAGGUAGCACAAGGAAGAUUGAAAGUAUCAUUUGUCUACGAUAGCGCUAGUCGUGUAACAGAAAGUCGUGUCCAGGACGAAGAAAAGAAUACAAAAAUAACUACCAAAUUGGCAUACGAUGACUUUGGUAGAGAAGUCAAACGAUCUGUAUACAGCGGUGAAUCGACAUUGAUAUAUCAUCUCAGUCAGACAUAUAAUGGAGUUGGUCUUGUAGCUUCGCGCCUCCAGGAGAAAAGCAGUAGUGUGAUGCGAAGCGAGAGUUUCGAAUAUGACGUCCAUAACCGUCUUGUCAAGUAUCAAUGCCAAGGAAGCGAGCCUCCUGCAGAUCAACAAGGAAAUCUUCUGAAAUCACAACAGUUCGUCUUCGAUAACUACGAUAAUAUUGUACAGACUUCCACAGUAUUUCAAGACGGCAGCUCAAAUACUUCUGCUAGCUCUUUCAACACACAAGACCCUACUCAACUCAUUCAGGUCACCAACACGCAUCCAAAUUAUCCAUCCAAAGCGGUCCUCGAGUAUGAUUAUAAUGGAUGCUUGACGCGCGAUGAGCAAGGUCGAAGACUUCAAUAUGAUAACAUGAGCCGAUUGACUGAUUUGCGAGAUGUCAAUAACAAUGUUCUUGCGCAAUAUUUGUAUGACGCGGCGGGAAACCUAGCGUGCCAGAAAGUGCCCAACCAACCAGACACAAGAUUCUUCUAUAGGGGGUCGCUUAUAGCCGUGCAGAAAGGAGAUCGUUUGGUGAGCUAUUUGUCGAAUGGAUCGGAGUAUUGGGGGGAAACAGUUUCUCAACUGGGCGGAAGCAUCGAAACCCAUCUCUGGGCUUCUAAUUGUCAACAGUCUAUUCUCACCACAUUAGAUUCUCAGAAUCCUAACCAGAUUCAAACCCAGCAGUACACGCCGUAUGGAUGUUCUGGCUCGGAAGCUGGAUCUUCCUUUUCUUCUAUUAGCUUCAAUGGUCAAUGGCGAGAUCCUGUUACAGGGUGGUACCAUCUAGGCAAUGGGUAUAGAGUUUACAAUCCCCAGCUCAGAAGAUUCCACACACCUGAUCCAUGGGCUCCAUUCGCAUCCGGAGAAAUCAAUCCUUAUGUAUACUGUUUAGGAGAUCCCAUCAAUCGAGUAGAUCCAAAUGGUCAUUUGAGUAUCUUUGGCAUAAAUUUUACGUGGAAAGACCUCAUCAUGGUGGUAGUUGGAAUCGCUGUUAGUGUAGGUGUUGGGAUUCUAACAGGUGGUGCAAGCUUGGCUAUACAGGUUGGUGUUGGUAUCGCGGCAGGGGUUGUUUCCGAUGUAGCAUCUGGUAUGCUUGGAAGUGUCGCAAAUGGGGAACAGAUAACUUGGAGAAGUGUUGGUUUAGAUGCUCUUGGUGGGUUGUUAGGUGGAAUAGGUGGUGAGAUUGGUGGUAAUAUUCUCAAACAAGGAUUCAAAUCCACCAAGGCUUUACCAACUGCUCUCAAAAAGAUAGUAGGUAGGGCAGGCUCGUACAAUGUCACCAAAGAAGUGGCGGAAGGGAUUGCCAGUAAAAGCAUAACAGCUAUAAAGAGCGGGUUGCGAGCUUCUGCGCGAGGGUUAAUCCCGGGCCAAGCGACAUCACGAGGGUUGGUACCUCUCAUCGCCCCUGAUUCCCAGGAUGAGAACGAGCAAUCUCAGGGAGGAUCUUCGAAAUUGACAGCCAGUAGUGGCAACGAUAAUUUCUCGACUGCCCCACUAGGACGUUCCGGGCCUGCACAAGUUGGUAGCCAUUCUUUCUAUCUUGACAGAGGAUCUUUCGUAACGAGAGAUGUCAUACGACCUCUCAUGAAGGAUGGUGAUUAUACCGCCAUGUCGACAUCAUUUAUGAGCAACUAUGGCAAUGUGUCCAGUGCUGGGCAAUCUGCUGUUGCAUCCCUACUUGGGCGUCAAAUUAGGUUUACCUAUGGCCCACUAACUAAUACGCAAUCGGAGGAAGAUUCUUAGGGUAUAAUUUUCUCCUCUCUCUUUGGAAUGGAAUAUGAUUGAACUCUCAUCUUUUUAACUCAGUAAUCAAAAUGCUUUUAUUAUUGGACCUGAACUA